AUGGGGAGGAAGAGGCAGGAACUGCAUGUGCUUGGUAACCAAACAAAGCUCAAGAGUUCAUCAAAUGGCAGAGCUGCUGCUGAUCACAUGCCUUUCACUACUUUUUCUCAUUCAAUAUCAAAAUUGACAAAAAAGAUAACCGAGGAGGCAAUUCUGUUUUCAGUUUUUGUGUUGUUUAGAACCUGCAUCUGUGUGAGUGGUUUGUUAUUGCUAGUGCCAUCACUCCCUAUAACCAUUUUGGGAGUUAAUUUUCCGUUCGGGAUCUAUUUCGUUCCACUUAUGCUGCUGAGGAACAGAUCAAGAGCAGUGAGCAAGCCAGGUUUGAUGGCUGAUCAUAGCUCUCAGCAAUCCCCCAAUCAAAACUAUGCUAAAACUAUACCAUCUCUAUUUGGAUCACCAAAAUUCAGAGAUUUCACCAACAAGUGUCUCUCCUCAGGAACCGAGGCCUUAAGGAGUCCAACCUCUAUUCUUGAUGCCAGAGCAUUAUCCCCUUUUGCCUUUGGAAAUCCAUUCUCAACCCUUCCAAACAAAAUAUGCCCUCCAAACAGAACCUCCUGGGACAAGCCUGAUUCAAAGGGCAUUGGUCUUGCUCUUGUUGGUGCUCUCAAAGAUGAUGAUAACCCAAUUCAUGACAAUUAUGAGCCCAACAAAGGAAACGUUCUGCUUAGAGUGAAAAUCCCUUUUGAGUCUCAGACAUGUGCAGGUGAUUUUGGAACCAAAACCAAGGAUUCAAAAAACUCAUCAAGGUCAGGAGUUUGUGCAAAAGAUGAUUGUGCUUCACCAAGUGUAAGGGCUGUGUCUUGGAGUGAGAUGGAGCUUUCGGAGGAAUAUACAUGCGUGAUAUCUCAUGGACCUAACCCAAAAACCACACACAUAUUCAAUAAUUGCAUUAUGGUGGAGACCUUUUAUGCUCUUCCCCAAAACCAAAACUCUCAUUCUGCAACCUCCGCAAAUUUCCUCAGCUUCUGUCACACUUGCAAGAAAUAUCUUGACCAGACCAAGGACAUCUUUAUUUAUAGAGGAGAGAAAGCUUUCUGUAGCAGGGAAUGCCGCCACCGAGAAAUGGUGCUGGAUGGAAUAGAAAAUUUAGAGUUUGAAAGCAAUGGUUUUUAUUGA